CUGAUGUUUCCAGCUUGCAGUACUUGUUGAUCGUUGUAUGCACAUUGUUAACACCUGUUUCUAAGGUAAACAAAAAACAAUUACUGCAAUUUCGAUCCCUAGAACUGCGUUCAAAAAACUUUGUGAAAGGGAAUACAUCAGCCGAGAGAAGACAAUAUUUGAUGAAUAAGAAUGAGUAGACGAUGUGAAUUGAAAUUGAUCGACGUGUUAAAAGAAGGCAAUCUUGAUAUGGCUAAAUCCAAAUUUAAUAGUGUUAGUGGUACAAAAUCAGAUACACCCAUAGAAAGUAGGAGUUCAAGAACCAGGUUUGGUAAUACGUCUACUUUGAAGAAAAAAUAUGAUUCUGGAACUUUAAAGCAGCAAACAGAAAUUACUUCGAAGAAGCGUAAGAAACUUAAUGAUGUGAGUGAAUUACCAAGCAAGAAAAUCUUUACCGGGAGUAACAUUAUCAAGAACCCAGUUAAGCCUGAUAAAGAAAUCAGCCAAAAAAAGAAAAGAAAGACUAAAUCUCGCGAAUCUUGCUGGGAAAACAAACUGACGGGAGCAAGACGUGUGAGCAAACGUCUAUCAAAUCUAAGAAUAUCUUUAAAGAAAUUGGAAUCAUCUCUUGCUACAUCUUUUGUCACAAUUAAAACAAGGCAGCCAGUUGCUUUUAGUGCCAGAGGUAAAAUGAAGCAAAAUUAUUGUGAUUUAAAACCACCCAAAAAGAACAAGACUUCACAGUACAGAAAUUUUCCGGAAACACAGUUUAAUUUUGGAAAACUGGGCCAUCCUAAGAGGCUACACCCAAAAAUAACAACUGCUAGAAGACCUGAAACUUACACUGUUACUGUAAAAUCUACUGCUUCAGCUUCACACUCCAGAAGAAAUGACAAAAAGCAAGGAAACAUAACGCAUAACACAUUUGAUGAAGAUUCGAAUGACUCAGAUGUAAAUCUUCUAAUCGAGAGGUGUGUUGAAGAUAUUCAAAAUGAUUUAAGUGAACCUGAAUCCUACACUGAAGAAGACAAAAAAAUAUCUAAAGCAUAUCAAUUGUUGAAAUCCAAAGAGACGAUUGAGGAAAACGAGGAGAAAGCUGCUCAAGAUACAAAAGUUGAAACUCUGAUUUGUGAACAAGUUGAUGAAUUAACUGAUGAUUCUACAAUUCUCAUUGGUGUAAAUGUUGAGUAAAACGUAAAUAUCGAGCGUGAAACGCUUACUGAAAGUACAAGUAAGAAUAACAGUGAAUCCAAAACUGAAUGUAAAAACAUUCAGAACAAUGAAAUACCGGUAACACAAGAUGAAACUUGUGUUUCAAAUGAAAUAACAACUACGGUAGAAGAUCUGCCAAUAAUCGAUUUGGAGCAAGACAACUGCCAAGGAAACAUAGACGAAGUUGUUGAUAACGCAAGUGGAUCUAAAGUGGAAUCUGGAGCCUCAAAUGGAACUACUGCAGAAGAUACCAAGGGUACAGCUGUUGGUAAAGAUGACAUUAGUGGAUCAGCUGAUUAACCAUAAGCCUAGUACAAGGUACCUGUUUUGUUAGUAUAAAAAGUACAAUUUUCAGUAUAGCUUGUAGUUAAGUUAGCAAAAUCUGUAGUUUAAGAGCAGUUUAAAAGGCACAAUCAUAAAUUAGUAAAUUAAUUCAACAAUAAAGACAAAAAAUAAAUUGUAUUUAACAGGUAUGUUUAAGUGUGUAUGUUUAUUUUACGUCUGUGUGCUUAAAAAAAUUCUGUGUGGUUAAAAAUGCAUUCAUUUUCAUUUCAAAUUCAUUUAGACUAUCGCAACCGCCCGGCCAAGUCAGCUGACGGAGUGAGACGAAUCAGCUUAGAGAGAAAGAGAGAUAGAGGCAAAUCUUAUUUCUGCGAAAAAUUCCAGUCUGACUAUAUUCUCUAAAAGCUUUUCCUUCUUAUGGGGUAUUCAUUGGUAUUUGUAUUCAUUGUAAUCAUGUUAAAAUAAGCAAAGCAGCGUCAAAGAAUUAGAUGGAUUUAAUUUUGAUUAAGUUUUAACUCAGAAGGGGGGGGGAAGGUAAUAUUAAAAUCAACAAACGUGAUAAUUUAUAAAUAAAUUCUUUUCAUUGUGACAAAAUAAUUACAGUACAAUAUUACACUAUAUUCCCAUAUGAAGCUUACAUUACAUUUGAAAAAUACAGUUACAAUGUUUCAAACUACACAGAUCUUGAAUAAACAAAAAUUUUGCAAAGUGUAUUAAAAUUCAUGAAUUAUGGUCCUCAAUAUGUUAAGUUCAGUACCUGUCUACAACAUCUGAAUCUACGUCAACAGUUUCUACAUAAAUAUAAUAUUUAUAAAUCGUCUAAUCAGCACAAAUUUGAUUGUUUAAGGCCUCUUAGUAGAUAGAAAUGAGAAAGAUUAUUGUGGUACAUCUACAACUGGGUACUUAUAAAAUAGAUGUAAAAUUUUUAUUCACUUAAGUUUUAGAAAAAUAAAAUUACUAAACAAGUGGUCUUCUGGAUUUGAGGGACAUUUAUUGUUUAUUUGCUUCUGAGUGGAUGCCACAUGGCGAUGGGUUUACGAAGGGAAGUUAACAUUUGAGUCCAGUGAGUUAAAGCUUUGCCAGUUGACUGACUUCCUACAAUGACGUGGCCGAUGUUGAGAGCUCGGCCUUCUGACCCAGUCUCGGACACUGUCACUCGCAGUUGGAUAGUCUACAACAUAAGAUACACAGGUCAACAAAUGAGUAUAGUGGGUUAAAGCUUUGUGAGUUGACUGACUUCUUACAAUAACGUGGCCGAUGUUGCGAGCUUGGCCCUUACUUUGGUUGUAGAUUGUUGUUGUAACUCAAUUUAAGUAAAUUAUUUUGAAGUUUUCAAACUCA